AUGGCCGAUGCCCGAAGCAGGGAGUACAGCAGAAUGAUGGACGGCGAGCGUGGCCCUCAAAGGGCGGCACACAACCUCUACAAAUUAUCGCUUGCUAACAAUCAAAGACGAGCCCCGCCAAUGUCUCUCCGUGCCGAAAUGAACAGGUCAUCCAGCUCUCUGCCGUCGAGAUCUUCACCCAGUCCGAACCACUACAUGACAGUAUCGGGCUGCGCUAGAACGCCGAGUUCCACCGUGUCUUGGGCAUCACGACCCUCUGAUCGGUAUUACAUGAGUUCGACUGAUCAGAGUAGUAGAUCCGCGAGCUUGACUUCAAUUGUUGAGAUGUACCAGCGGCCAAUGACAUCUAGCAGUACUUGUCCAGCCUUGCGGCCUAGCGGCACCCUGUACUAUGAUUAUACCGAGGACUUCAAUGAUUCGGGUUCUGAGGCCGCCCGCCAUCCGGAUAUGCCACUCUCUCCCGUCCCCCACAGAGCCGGCAGGGGCUCGCAGCCGGCCAUCCUACAACAAGAUAUGGAAUCAAAAAUGCAUGGUAGCAUAAAUAUCACUUCGCCUUCGGGACCUGCACACGCUCCUUGUCAAAGAGUUUAUAGCCAGACAGGCAGUAGCAUGGAGGAAUCCUUUGGCUCAUACCUCCAAGGUAGCCAUGAUGAUUCUAUUGAGGAGAUCGAACGGGCUAUUGCGGAUGCAAUGUCUAAUGCCGCGGCAGACAAGCUCAUGGCAGCCUCGGAACACACAGAUGCUUAUACAGAGGUGUUUGGCACUAGAAAGGGAGAAAAUCAAACGGCGACGAAUGAUACUAAUAUACCCAGACGACUUCCUGCUACAGAAAGGCAGUACGGCUUAAAGACAGCAGCCCCGAAUAUGGAGAUGAGUAACAAGGCGAGGCGAGCAUCGCAGUUGAGUCUGAACAAGAAUGUCAUGGCGCUGGAUCCCGCAUUUGCAGAUUUUACGUCUUUGCUUUCUUCCUUUGAAAGAUUGGCAAAGUCUCCCUUUUCGAGGCUCAGUGACGAGGACGAUGCUGAUGAGCGACGCAGUAGACGAAGCAGCAAAUUAUCGACGAUGGAAACACUGGAUGAGAUGGAAAUUGCGGAGAACCCGUUCCCGAAGCGUCAUCAUCGUAACAUAGCCGCCGCAAGGACUAGCACCCCAGCGCUCAGUGCAGAAGAAUCCCUGGCCGAGCAUCCAUCAUCGUCGGAAGAGGAUAUACUGGUUCUCGCACCUGAACCUCUGUCCCCCCAUCGUGAGAAGAAAGUUCGCAAUGAGCUGCAUCAGAGAUUUAUGAAGGCGCUACCGCCACUUCCGGCAGAGACGCUCAGCACUCACCCCGCUCAGGCGAUUCAAGGCUCCGAGCUAAAGCAGAAUAAGAACGACUCCGCCAUCUCUCAGGUUCGCUCAUUGUCUCUUAGGAGUCACAUAUCACGCUCGGGUAGCCCCGGAAAAUUGAAGCUGCGUGUUCGUACGCCAACCCCGUCCGGAGAAACUGAGCACGCAGCGGCAUGGAAUGGUGGCCGACGAGAACGACGCUCCGCUGACGAUGGUAGAUCAACCAGCAAUUUCAAGCCUCCUCCAAAGCUCAAGUUGAAAAUAUCGCGAAACCAGCUAGGCCAAGGACGAAGUGGUCAAACUGGAACAGUGAUCCGUAAUAACCGACUAAAGCAGUGUAAUGCACUGGCGGACGUGGCACCGCCACCACGCAUCGAUACUGAUAAGAGAACAGAAAGAGCCAACGACGUGGCGAGAAUAAGUGAAGGACAUGAGCUUUUGGCCGCAACUGUCGCCCAACGGAACAGUGCAGGCGGAUCGUGCCAGCCAUCGGAUCAGUUCAAUCUUUCGUAUCCGCCCACUCCAGUCGAAAGUGCAAAUGCCAUGUUGCCACGAACAGGAUCUCCUCGCGAAUCGAUCGAGGAGAUGCAAAGAGUGCAGUCAGACUCUGGUGAGGCAGAAGUGCGCCGCGUUAAGCCAAAAUUUUCGUUUUUACGAUUACGAUCCGCGAACCAGGCAGCACCCACCACACUUACCAAACCCGCACCUGGCCAUACUUGCAUCAGUAGUGAGCCUCAUAUGAGAAUUACAAAGGUCAAUAUCCCUGGUGACUCAACCAAUCAGUUUGAUUCGACUAUGGAUAAAAAUUCGGCUAGAAGUGUGUCGAUCAAAUCGGAGCGGAUGGGUAAUCGAGUGAAGCGAUGGGCAACGGGCGCCAAGCGCGUGUUUCGGUCAUACGUCAGGCGUACACUGAUUCGGUCUCCCAAGAGCGCAAAAACGUAG